AAAAGAAGUGCAGAAUUCAAAGAUAAAUUAGUCGAUCGUUUGGUGAUAUUUCGUGCCAUUAAUAGAGACUUUAGUUUAUUAUUAUCGCAUAAUAAGGAUAUAUUAAGUGCUAAUGAAUUGAAUGCCUUUUCCGUGGACUCGAAGGGUCGCAAAGAACCCAUUUUUGUUGAUUUCCAUGAAUUCUAUUCGGGAAGAGUUGAUGGGAUUGAGGGCUCGGAUGUGAGGGCACACAUCGCACCCAAUGGUGUGAUGACGGCCUCAAUACAGACGGGGGACGAGACCUAUGAAGUGGAACCCAUUUGGAGACAUUUGGAUAGCCAUCACAAUAAGGACUCUAUGAUUGUAUACAAGAAAUCAGACGUAAAACAUUCCUCCACUUCGACGGCUGAAGAGUCGAAACCAUUCUGUGAUUUCAUCAAAUUUGGUGAUAAUAUUACCAACGAAUACAUGGAAUCUGAAGAACGGAUUCGAAGAAAAAGAGAUUCAUUUUUCGAAGAGAUGGCCGUUUCCUCUGAAAUAAACGCACAGAACUUCAAACCGACUCAAACCCAUUGCGCGAUCGUCUUAGUGGCCGAUCACUACUUCUACGAAAAGAUGGGCGACUCGAACCAAAAGACGACAAUUAAUUAUUUGAUUCAUAUUAUCGAUAGAGUGAACAAUAUCUUCAACAACACUGAGUGGACGGAUGACGAGAAGAAGCCCGGGUCAGGGUUUAAGGGAAUGGGAUUCUUCAUCAAAGAGAUUCAAAUCCAUACGGAACCCACUGCUGAGUGGGAUCACUACAACUCGAAAGCCACCCGACGUUCCGUACGGGAAGUUCUCGAAGCCUUUUCACUGAACAGAGAGAACAGUCAGUUCUGUUUGGCGCACCUCUUCACCCACCGAUCCUUCGAUGGUUCAGUGCUGGGGUUGGCAUACGUGGCCUCCCCUCGCCUCAGCUCUGUCGGUGGCAUUUGUAGUCCCGGGUAUUACGGGUCGACAGCCCUUCACCCGACCGGCAGAAACCUCUACCUCAACACUGGUCUAACGACUACCAGAAACACUUUUGGCCAAAGAAUUAUCACUAGAGAAGCAGUAUUAGUGACGGCCCAUGAGUUCGGUCACAACUGGGGCUCAGAGCACGACCCGCACACCGAUGAGUGUUCACCCGAUGCACAGAAUGGCGGCUCUUAUGUUAUGUAUACUUAUUCUGUCAGUGGAUAUGAAGAGAAUAAUCGGUUCUUCUCGCCGUGCAGUAAGCGAUCAAUUCGUGCCGUUUUGAUGACUAAAUCUCAUCGAUGCUUCUCCAAACCCGACAGAUCUUAUUGUGGUAACAGUAAAGUGGAAGCGGACGAGGAAUGUGAUGAAGGCUUACUGGUUAAGGGAGAUGACUAUAAACUUGGUCUCUGUUGUGACAGCAAAUGUAAACUAAUAUCCGGCGCCGACUGCAGUGACAAGAAUUCGGACUGUUGUGCGUCUUGUAAGAUAAGACCGGCCGGAGUCAUCUGCAAACAUAAGGAUGAACUCAAUUGCAAAGAGGAAUCCAAUUGUGACGGCGAUUCCGACAAAUGUCCGGAACCUACAUUCCUGGCCGAUGAUACACCUUGUCUGGAUAGGGGUCAGUGCAGAGCCGGCAAAUGCAUCACAUAUUGUGCGGCCAUCGGACAGAUGCCGUGUCUUUGUGAAGACGCAGGGAAUGCAUGCGUCCGAUGCUGUCGAUCCAACAACACGUACUCCACUUGCAGUCCCGUCCAGCCCCGAGAUCUACUGCCAAACGGAACGCCCUGUAAAUAUGGUUUCUGUGAGAACCAAAGGUGUGAGAAAAGUACUCAGGAUUUCGUCGAACGCUUUUGGGAUGUGAUCGAAGAGAUUGAUAUCAACACCUUCUUCCGUUUCAUGAAAGACAAUAUCGUUGGCGCCGUUAUUAUGAUUUCACUUAUCGUAUGGAUUCCUAUCGCCUGUGCCAUCAAUUUCUACGACCAGAAGCAUAAGGAAGACCUCAAGAAGAGAACCGCUUCGUUCGGAAGCGAAGGCAGUCAGAGAAGAGUUAACUUAAGGCCUCGAAGUUUCAAUAGUAGGCUCUCGAGGCCUAGCGUUAGGGGAGAAAGACUGACCCAAACAUCAGUUUAUUAUCCGCCCGGUUAUGGCUAUUGAAAUACGUUUUUAGCUCAUAAUACAAACAAAAGUAUUUGCUAUAUUAUCUAAGUCACAAAUGUUUUUUAAUUUACUUUCAAUUUUUUUUAUAUACUGUAAGCCC